CUCAUAGAAGUCAUCGGGACGGCUGCACGUGCGUUAUGUCACGAUUGUCUAGUGGGUCAGAAGACGUUUGUGAUAACGAUAUUAAUGGUGGAAAUAUAGAAAGUAUUAGAAGAAACGUCACCGGCAGGAUGGCCAACGGUAACGAGCAGGAAGGUCGCGUUCUGGUGCUUUAUACGGGUGGUACGAUAGGAAUGAUGAGAAAUGAACAAGGAGUAUUGGUGCCAUUAGCCAAUGCGUUUGUAAAAAAUCUACGGAAAUAUCCACAAUUACAUGAUCGAGAGUAUGCUGAGAAAAGAUUCGGGGCGAUGGGACCGCUAGUUUUGCCCGUGACUGCAGCUGACAGUCGUCGGGUUGUUUACAACGUAUUCGAGUACUCGAAUCUCUGCGAUUCUAGUAAUAUGACCAUGGAUGGCUGGAUUCGCAUUGCUAACGAUAUUAAGGAAUCUUACGAGCGCUUCGACGGAUUCGUGAUCCUUCACGGCACCGACACCCUCAGUUACACUGCGUCCGCUCUUUCUUUCAUGCUUGAGGCUCUGGGCAAGUCUGUCAUCCUAACCGGUUCACAAGUACCGAUUUUUGACACGAGGAGCGACGGUCUGGACAACUUCCUCGCGUCUCUCGUAAUCGCGGCGAAUUACAAUAUACCUGAAGUAUGCGUGUUCUUCGGUACAAACUUGUUGCGUGGCAAUCGGACGAGCAAGGCGUCUGCGACAUCAUUCGAAGCAUUCCAGUCACCGAACUUUUUACCUCUCGCCAUGGCGAACGUCAAGAUUGAAGUGGACUAUCGUUUGAUUUUCCGAGCCUGUACUAUGGAGAAGUUUUACGUACACGCGUCACUCAAUCGAAACGUAGGCCUGCUCCGCUUAUUUCCCAGUAUCACUUCCGACCUGGUCAAAGUGUUUCUUCAACCACCCAUCGAGGGAGUCGUGCUGCAGUCCUACGGCUUGGGGAACAUCCCGACAAAUCGUGAUGACAUCAUCGAGGAGCUUAGCGCGGCGACAAAGCGCGGUGUGAUUGUUGUGAAUAUCACACAAUGUUCGACCGGAUGUGUCUCGGAUACGUACGAGGCUGGAAAAUUGCUCCAAAAAGCUGGUGUGAUAUCGGGUUUUGACAUGACACCGGAAGCCGCGUUAACGAAACUCGCGUACGUCUUAUCGAAGAAGGAUUGGGAUACUGAAACCAAGCGACAAAUGAUGCAAACGAAUUUACGGGGUGAACUGACUGCCGGUCGACCGCCCAAAAUACAGGAUUGGGACCUGGUGGAAGCUGUUGCUCGCUCCUUGAGAUUAUCCUCAACAGUAGAACUUCAGGAAUUGGGGUCGAUCCUGUUUCCAGCUAUGCUGAACGCCGCAGUAGUGAGACGCGAUGUUGUGAAACUCGAGUCUUUAAGAGGAUACGGCGCGGAUAUCUCGCAAGCAAACGCAGAUGGUCGAACGGCUUUGCACAUAGCCUGCUGCGAGGGAGACUUAAAAGUCGUGCGACGUCUUUUAAAAAUGGGUGCAAAUGUUCACAUUAAGGAUCGUUUUGAUCGCACGCCUCUCACUGACGCGAUCGAAUACGAUCGUCAUGAGAUCAUCAGGAUAUUACUGCAAUGUGGAGCACAUCUUCACGGCGAUGCUGUGCUGAUCAGCGAGAAGAUGUGCAUGGCCGCAACCGCAGGAAACACGAAGCGUCUGCAGUCGUACUUGCUGGCUGGCGCUGAUUUAUCGCAAAAGAAUUUUUCUGAACGCACGCCACUGCAUUUCGCUGCUCUUCAUGAUCGCACGGAAGCGAUUGAGUUCCUGUUAGAUCACGGCGCAGAUCCGCAUUGCCUCGAUAUGCUAGGACAAACCGCAAUGGAUCUCGCAGAGGUAGCUAUGCCGUCUCAAAUUAAACAGCACGACGAAGCAUCGAAACGCGAAUCCGAGACGAACGACAUUGCGGAUCGUAGCCAGGAGGCACGAUUUGGUUUCACCAAUGUCGGAAGUACAGGGAGCGUAAGUAUUGGAUCGAGUUCUUUUUCCCAUUUUUUUCAUAUUUUAUUAUAGGUAUCUAUUCUACAGGGUUACGGCAUAUCACCUUAUGCGCCGGCGAAAAUAGAUCUUGGAGGACUUCUCUUGGGAGCUAUCAUAGGCGUAGGAUCGAUUCUCAUCAUCCCAAAGCUUCUCUACAUCCUGUCGGGAACUUACGGUGCUUAUGCGAGAAGUGAAGAUAAUGGCUUCACGCACACUCUGACGAGGAUCGAUGAUGUCCUGGCUCGCCAUGGCAUCGACACGACCUCGUGCAUGCAACGCGCGGUAUGCACCUACUCGCAACAGGCGGCCGCCGCAGUGGGUGACGAGGACGAGAACAACGGGAACGAGAAAGACCAGAAGGUGACAUCCUUCGAGAAGAUGGUGAACACAAUCACCGGCAACCAGGUGUUCCGCACAGCUAUGCAGGGCACGGCGAUCGAGGAAGCGGUGGAAGCCGGUAGGAAGGGUAGAAACUGCUCAAGAUCGUAUCCACAUUGUGGCUUCUCGAUGGAGACCAUGCUGUCGCUGUUGGCUAACGUCAUCGCGACGGUGAACGCGCGCGUCGCGACGCCCACUGGUUCCUCGUUGUAAUAUUGCUUAUGUAAUUUUUACUCUUCAGAGAAAGACGAUUAUAAUUU